AUGGAUUAUCUACACUAUCUAUUCACUUUAUUGUUUAUAACUAAUUUUCCACCAUUAUCAAGUGAAAAUCCAAUCUUAACAGAAAUCACAAUAUCAAAACUGGAUAAUAAAGAAGCGGAUUCAACUGUAACUCCAGUUAAUCGUCUUAUAGAAAAUUCCACUGAAUUUUAUAAUGUUGAAGAUUUUGGGUCAACUGAAAGAGGAGAACGGAAUCCCAAUAUUACAGGAAACUUGUCUUCAUUUGGUACUGUAUUUGAAGAAGCGGUUCCUAUUUAUCAAGAAGGAUUGAAUUUUACUACAUCUGAGAAACUUGUUUCAACCACUUCUGAAUCUGAAUUUGCGUCUGUACUUCAUGAAGAUUGGAAUUCUACAAUGUCGUCUAACAGUCCAAUUUCAACUAAUUCUAUGCAUGAAAUAAAUGUUACCAGAAAUGAUGCAUCAACAUUUCAACUUGAAGAUCAAAAUACAGAAGAACCUGAAACAGAAAAUAACGAUAUAGUGGAUUUGUUAGAUAGUUUAUUAAAUAAACUUAAAGUACCUUCGGAUAAUUGGUUAAAUUAUCGUCACAUAAUGGCAAUGCAAAGUCCUGAUGGAAGUAUUUAUAUACCAAAAAAUCAUACACAAAGUACUAGAAAACAUUUGAUUACUCUAUUAGGAUUUGCUGAAGAAAUUGCAUCUAAUAAAAAUGGUAUUACAUAUAUCAACACCAAGAACAACAACAAUGAAGAGAAGUUACUAAUCACCACACAAUCGAUAAAUGAUGAUACUUUGAUUCUUCUUGAAAAUAAUAUAUCAAUCAUUGGAGAGAAUCAAUCUAAUAUUGAUUAUGAAAAGAAUAUAACUGAUAAUGAUCAAGAAUUCUCAGAAAUUGACGAUGAAACAAGAACAUUUACUGAAGUAUCUGAUCUUUUUUCUUCUUCAAAUGUUACUGAAAGAGAAGAAGGAAGAUUACUGGAUUAUGAAUUACAUAACUUCAAUGAGUCAAAUGAUCUACAUGAAAUUCUGGAACAUAUAACCUCUGAUGAUGUGGACCAUAGAAUAUCUGAACAAAAUAAUCAGUCUUCUACAUUGGUUACUGACGAAAGAUUGUUGAAUAUAACUAAUGAAUUACAAUUAAACAGUAAACAAGAGAAUAUCACAACUGAUUCAAUGGAUAAUUUUAGAAGAUCGGAUUUACAAACAAUCAAUUAA